GUCAGGCCCACGUCGACGGACAUGACAAAGAUCUUUUGGGUUCGACCAACGAGGCCUACUAAACAAAGACCCAAACCUCAUCCGCCUAUUUGCCCAUUUUUAAUUAGUUUAUUCUAAUAACUUAAUUAAUUUCUUAAAAGAACCAAUCCCUGCACUGUAGCUUUACUACCUAAUAGCAAGAGAGAGAAGAGUCCGCAGACCGCGUCUGCUUUUUCCAUAAUUUUGGUCUGCUUAUAUUCCUUUUCAGAAAAGUACGUUUUUGAACAACUCAGACCAACAUAAUAGUCCUUUUCUAACAGUUCCUCCCGCAGAUUUUUCCGUUCUCCUCUUUUCGUUGCUUGAAUUUAGUCUCUUUUUUUUUUUUUUUCUUUUUUUUUACUGAUUCUGUAAGUCCUUGAGCCUUCAUAAUCUGCUGCAAUGUCCGUUGAUCAGGUAUGCUCUGCCGUUCAGUUUCUUCAGGGUAUUCGAUUUCAGAGUACUUGUAUUUCACGCUGGGAUUCAUUUUUCUUCCUGCUUUUGUAAUUUCGCCCCUUUUUAUGUUGUUUGCGUGUCGUAUGUAUGGUUAUUUAUGGAGAUGGAUUUUGUUGGUUUGAGUCCUACGAAGAAGACCCUCGUAGACUUCUAUAGGAUGGGUUGGUGAGGGGGUUGAAAUUCAUCUUUGGGUGACUUUGUGAAUUGACUGACUCGAUCAAUUGUUUGAAGGGAUUAAACUCAAUUUUUUUUUUUCCUUCGUCUGUCAAUCCUAAAUGAUGUUGCAUAGCCAAUUUUACUUGUGGACUUCAUUAUAUUGCUCAGUAGGGUAGUGAUUCGAGUUUAGGCAAUCGACCCGGAAUGAGCUUUAGGAUUCUCUUGAGUGGGGGUUUAGGUCUUUACGGAAGCCUAAAUUGAUAGUCCUCCGUCAUCAAAGAUGCUGUGUCGUAGGCUCUUAUGCAAUAGUUGUUAUGAGUACCCAAAUGGAUCGUUUGCAGCUUGUAUUUUGAGCCCAUUUUCCGUUGUGAGCUCUUCCAGUUGCAUGCCACUGGUUGCAGUCUUGUUGUGUCUUUCAUUAAACUUGUUUGAUAUGCUGCAAACCCUCUUGAAUGAGUGGGUUGGCUAUCUAUAUAUCUAGAGAACCUCAUCAAUGCCAAAGGCUGACCACAUAAUCAACUUAAUCUUUAAAUGACCAUGUAUUUCUUUGGCGUAAAUUGAAUUUUAACAUAGGAAGGUUAAAGGAGGAACUCUUAAUUGAUAUAGAUCAGAGCCUUGGAUGUAGUAUAUUAUUUAUGGCCCAUUGUUAGCACUUGUACAAAUAAUCCAAUGAUAGAAAGAAGCUUAAAAUGCUAAGGAUUCUGUUUUCUUUGAAUGUAUUGUUCUGUUUAAGCCGUACUGCUUCAGCUUUAGACAUUUCAUUUGGUCUGUAUUAUAAAAUCUUAAGGAUCUUAAUCAGCAAUAUGUUUUUUUAUGGUUGAACAGUUUCAUCAAUUCAUCUGAUUGCAUUUUUCACUUCAUCGUUAUUAAUUGACAACAUGGUGCUCUCCAGGAUGCUCUCUUGUUUUGACUCUGAUAAGGAACCAAAUAAUGGUUCACAAGGCUGAUUUAGUCAUCAUUGGCAUAACGGUUGGAGUUGCUUUUGGUGUUCUUAUUGCAUCCCUCGUGUUCUUCGGUAUCCGCUGGUACAAGAACCAUGCAAAUCUUAGGCGUUGUGCAAAUGAUCGUUCUGUUGCUGCUAUUCCAAUUCGAACAAAUGGCAUAGAUACAGCAACUGACUUUAGCGCAUCACUUGCUGAUCCUGUAGUUGAUAAGGGGGUGGACUUUUCUCCGAAGAAGCAUGCUUGGUGGAAUCACCAUGGCAAAGAUCGAUUCCCUUCUGCAUCUGGCAUCCCAAGAUACUCCUACAAGGAGAUCCAAAAAGCCACACAGAAUUUCACUACUAUUCUAGGACAGGGAUCAUUUGGUCCUGUCUAUAAAGCUUUAAUGCCUGCUGAUGGAGUAGUUGCUGUAAAGGUUCUUGCUUCUGAUUCAAAACAAGGGGAAAAGGAGUUUCACACAGAGGUUUCUCUUCUAGCUAGGCUACAUCACCGAAACUUGGUAAAUUUGAUUGGAUAUUGUGUAGAUAAAGGACAACGCAUGCUAAUUUACGAGUUCAUGAGUAAUGGAAGCUUGGCUAACCUUCUGUACAAUGAGGAGGAGAAAGCUUUAAGUUGGGAUGAGAGACUGCAAAUUGCACUUGAUAUAUCACAUGGAAUUGAAUAUCUUCAUGAUGGGGCUGUUCCUCCAGUGAUACAUCGGGACUUAAAAUCCGCUAAUAUCCUGCUAGAUCAUGCAAUGAGAGCAAAGGUUGCUGAUUUUGGAUUGUCAAAGGAAGAGGUGUUUGAUGGUCGUAAUUCAGGCCUUAAAGGUACAUAUGGCUACAUAGAUCCCAUGUAUAUUUCCACGAACAACUAUACAGUGAAGAGUGACAUCUACAGUUUUGGAGUUAUCCUUUUUGAACUCAUCACAGCCAUUCAUCCACACCAAAACCUGAUAGAAUAUGUUAAUUUGGCUGCCAUGAGUACUGAUGGCGUGGAUGAAAUAGUUGACCAGAAAAUUAUUGGCACUUGUAACCCUGAAGAAGUGAGGAGUCUAGCCAGCAUUGCUCACAAAUGCUUGCGCAAGAUCCCAAAGAAACGGCCUUCAAUAGUCGAGGUUUCACAGGCUAUAUUAAAGAUCAGGCAGAGGCGUCUACGUAAAGAAGAUACCAUGUCAGUAGCAGGAGAAGAGUUCUCAAGAAUGGCGACUCAUAUAGAAGAACAGCAGCUGGAAUUGACAAAUUUGAGCACUCCAGAUGAAAAGUUAACGCAUCUAGUAUAACUGAAAAAUUUCUUUGCCCUUAUGUCGGUAACUCAGCUCUGAGCUCGCUUUCCUCUCAUCGUUUUUUUGCUUUUGGUUUUUCACAUCCCUUCUGCAAUGGAGAGAUUUCACCCCAGGACGUUGCAAAAAUGGCUUUGGCUGGGAAGACUUUUUGAGUAGGUAAAGUAUCAGAAGAUGAUACUUCUUAGAAUCUGUAAAUGGUCCGUAUCUUGUAGCUUGCGAGACUAUAGUAAUAGUACAUCCGUGGAGUGUUGUUGAUAAGCAGAAACUGUAAAUUACACAGGAAAAAAGAAUUCUCAGAAAAAAAUCUUUCCUUCAUAUUAGAGUCCUGCUUCGUAUUUGUGAAUUGAUAAACUGCGAUUUUCAAGUCUUGAAUGUCAAUAUUAUCUCCACCUUACAUUUCCCAGUUGACAGGAGAGAAUUUCAUGUGAACAGACAACAGUAUAACCAUUUUAUACGUGCUAGAUGGAUGUAAUGGGGAAAAACUUUGUCAUAAAAUGUGAAUAUUCA